GACUAUGCCUGGAUCAGGAGCGGCUCGCAGACAUACUUCAAGUUCCACCCCCAGGCAACAAGAAGGAACUGCAAACGUUCCUAGACAAGCGCCUGAACAAAGUUUUGCAAGAAACAGAAAAAGACGCAACCAUGCGCCAACUUCGUGAAUACGCAAGCACAAGCUGGCCCGAUACCAAAGAUGACGUCACUCCGGAGUUGCGCAGCUACUGGAACUUUCGUGACGAACUGCACACGGAAAAUGGCAUGGUGCUUCGCAGCAACAGGCUCGUUAUCCCUCCGAAGAUGCGUGGUGACAUUCUUUCUUGUCUGCAUGCUGCGCACGCGGGAGGUGAAAAGAUGAAAGCACGUGCUCGUUUCUGUCUUUUUUGGCCAGGCAUGAAUAGUGACAUAGAAGAAACAGCACGACGCUGUCAGUUGUGCCAGCGGCAUAAACCCAGAAAUGCCAGACUGCCAUUGCAUAGCCAUGAAACACCAAGUUUACCGUGGGAAGUCGUUGGAGCAGACCUUUGCUACCAUAACGGAAAUGAGUACUUGGUCGUUGUUGACUCGUAUUCCUUUUUCUUUGAAAUCAGGGCUGUGCAGUCUUCAUCAGCGAGCAAAGUGAUCUCUGCCUUUACGGAUGUCUUUGCUACGCAUGGUUUCCCGAGCCGACUCAUCACGGACAAUGGACCGCCGUUCAGCAGUCAACAGUUUCAAGACUUCAUCAGUAAGAUUGGGACAAACCACGUUCGAUCAAGUCCUUACCAUCCUCGCUCGAACGGCAUGGCCGAGCGAGCAGUGCAGGAGGCUAAAAAAUUAUUACAGAAGUGUCAAUUUGGUUCUGUUGACUUUUGUGCCGCCUUGUUAGAGUGGCGGAACACUCCACGUGACAACUGUUUAAAGUCUCCUUCGCAGCGGCUCAUGGGACGGCUGACCAGGACCCUUCUACCGGUUCCGGCUACUCACCUGCAGCCUAAGACGGUGAAACCAAAGGACGUCCAGCAGCGACUGCGAGACAUCCGUCGCAAGCAACGUACCUACUACAACAGAGGUUCCAAAUCUCUACCUGAGCUACCACUGGGCGCCAGGGUCACUGUGUACAACGUGCCCUCGGGAACAUGGUCCCCUGCCACAAUCAUCCAGAGAGGCGACAGUUGA